AUGAAAUCAAAUAUCAUUGCCGUACUCCUAUUAGCUCUAUUGUCAAUUAGUACCUUGGCAUAAGACUAUUCGAGAUUCUCCAAAGCAGUAUUCUCAUAUCCAAAAGGCAGAUAUCACGAAAUCAGUGAGGAAUUGAGAACUUUCUUGGAAACUGAGUUAUCAAAUUACAAGCCAAUUGAAGUUGUUGAAGGAGAUAACCUCGUUCAAAGCAAGAUAGAGUAUAUUGAAUCUACAAAUGGAGAAGUUGGAGAGACAGCCUUCCCUAAAUACUUCCCAGUUAGCAUGUUGAAGGAGAUGUUAUAUCAAAAUGGUAUGAAAUUAUAGGGACCUGCUGAAGAUUUAUGA